AUGUCGCAUAAUCGUUACAUUACACCUGAAUUGAUUAAGUAUACUCCAAAGAACGGUGAGGUUCCAGCGGAUGAUGCCAAGUUUUACGCUUUCGAUUUAGAUCAUACCCUUAUUCAACCGAAAAAUCCUAAAGCUAUAUUUGCAAGAGGUCCCAAUGAUUGGAAGUUUAUGGAGUUUAAAGAUGGGGAACAAACAUUAACGACACUUAUAAAUAUUUGCAAAAAUGAUUCGAAGGUUCAAAUUGUAAUAUUUACUAAUCAAGGAGGAGUCAUUACAGUGCCCUCUAAUUCCAAAAGUUGUAACACUUUUACGUCGAAAAUAGAAAAUGUAUUCAAGUACAUUUCUACACAGGAAAAUGGUGAUUUGCUACUUUCGAGACUUUGGUUGUAUUCUUCGACAAUGAAACCAGCAGCAUUGUUUCCCAAACAGAAGAAGCAGACCUCAAAGAAAUCAAUCACUAAGCAAUCUACUCUACCUUUUCUCGAACGACCAAAAGAUAACAAGAAAGAGGUAGGUGAUUCAAAUAAAUCUUUGGAAGAAUUAUUUAAUUCAAUGAGAAAGCCAAACAUUGGAAUGGGAGAACGAUUUAUUAAAGAUAUCCAGAAAAGAAAUCCCUCCAUAAUGAAACAUAAUAUGAAGUGGGCAUAUUACUGUGGUGAUGCUGCAGGUAGAUCUUCCGACUUUAGUGAUACAGAUAAAAUAUUUGCCAAAAAUAUGGGUAUUGAUUUUAAGACCCCAGAGGAGGUAUUUAUCUCUUAA